CAGACCUAGAGCGAUUUGUAAACCCAGAGCCUCUCCUCGCCCAUCGCCAUUGUGGAAGUAGAAGUAGAAGUCGAAGAAGAAUCUUUUGACGUCGAGCCCAUGAAGCACAAGCGAUUUAGUAGCAGGCAAACACAGGUAGCUCAGGGGAAUUCCAGCUCUAAACCAGCGCCAGCAAACAAGCUCUCAUCUUGAACCCGCGCAGAAAAGCUGUCCACGGAAUUGCGGAGGCCUACGCUCUUCUCCGCAGUAGAACGACUCCACUGAGACCCUUCACAGCCGCAAUAGAGCCUCGCACGAUGACAUAACAGUCUUGCCCCUCAAUUUUGUUCCGAGAGACGUUUUUUUCCUGUAGAAUUCCCAUCCGUACAGCCUUGCAAGUGUUUGGGAUUGCUCGAAUUUGAAUCAUCGUGGUUUCCUUUUCUCAUGAUGGUGAGUUAGUUCAACGAGCAUUAACUGCGCAACCUGACCCAACUAAGCGAAAAUUACGAUAAUCUGAAGGGUCUUGGGAUAUAGAAUUUCACGAGGAUUAGACUUGCAUGCUCUUUGCAGUGGAUUUUCCGCACCCAAUGGGGGCUUUAUGUAUUCACUCGAAAAGGAAAAGUCAGGCACGCCGAUUCUCUUCUACCACCUACAUCUGGAUUCCCACAUGAGAGCGCUGCAUGAAUAUUGUUCUGCAUCCCUUAUGGGCCUAGAGGAUAUGAUUCGCAUCUCUCCGGCAGGGCCCCGCCAGAGGAUCGGCUCUCUGGUCUGUGGAAUUCCAGAGAUGUCAACGAGAAACGUAGAGCCGUUCGUUCUCGCUCCCGCUCUGUUUGAUUGACAGUCGCUCUUCCCCACCGCGAGCUCAAACCUGGCAGGAUGAUACUGGAGAGUAUCGAGGCAGCUGCGAAGUCAUGGCGACUCUCUCUGUGGGCUUUCCCUUCCGACAAUUCACCUGGCGCGGAAUCAACACCUUCAGCUUCCCUGACUUCCAGUCAAAACUUUACGAAUCCAGGAUAUCCCACAACAUCCAUGUUCUAACGCAGCGCAUAUUUCCACUGCCGAGGAGUUUACCUCGCAGUUCUUUCCUCAAUUUCGAUUUGAAUAUCGCACGUCACAUUCGAUACUUUUGAUACUCGCCGGAAAUAAUUUACAUGAAUGACCAAUCGAGCAUCCACCUACAACACCAUGUGCUCAAAUUAGGAUUGACCCUGAUUGUGCUACAGUCAAUGUUCGUCAAUGUUAGUCUUUAGUUUAAAACAGUGAAAACAUGAAUUGCAUGAGUAUAUUUGUAAAAUUAAAAGUAAUGGAGCUAUUUACUUGUACUAAUAAGCCAUUCCAUGAGACUAAUUCAGCCCAUGCUGGAGCCUGUCUUGAGGCGUGAAGCUCUGCCGUCGAGUCUGUCAGAGGGAGGUGACUUGACCUGUGGAGUCUGGGUUGUCUCUUUACUCUGGCUGUGCAAUCUGGUGCAACUCCAGGAGUACUCUCUGUUGGACUGUCAUGGAGUAACUUGUGCCGGUAGUACGCGGCGCGUUUGCAGAGGAGUUCGUUUGCCGCUGCAGAUCGAACUGCUGGAUAUGGUACAUACGUGGAGAUGGGUACAAAAUGAGUUAUUUCUCCAAGCGUUUCCUCUGUGUUUUUUGGUACAAGUUAGUACUCUUUCACGGUUCUUACGGUUGUGAGCGCAAGUGCAAUGGAGUGGGGUCGCAGGUGAAUUCCACAGCAGCGUUGAGGUCAUUCAAAGAAUCAUUCAGAUGAUGACCUUUCCCUUUGACUCUUGCCUGUCCAUUUGGGUGGUACUCAUUGUAAGUUGUUGAAGUGGAUGUCCACCGAGGUCGGGAAGCCACAUUUCUAUUCGCUGGACGAGGCCCCCUCCCUUCCUCUGACCCGUGAUGCUCAUUGACGUCUGUCAGGCAGUAAUCUGAGGCUUUAGUUUUCAAGAGCUGGUUCGGUAGUGAGAUAGCAGCACCGCAAGAUGUUUCUUUGUGACGGCAUUGCCUUCUUGAGAGAUUCGUUCUCAGUUUAUUUUACAUUCUGUUCGUAGAUGCUAUAGCUGAUUGCUGACCCUCGAGAGCUAUGUAGCGGUUCGCUACGCAACACAGCUGGGGGUAAUCAAGAAUCCAGUGCUGGAACUGGUUGUCAAGUGCAGCUGAAUGAUUGCGAGUGCAGAUUGCGUAGACGUAUCGAGGCGGCUUUUGUGUUGGGAAAGAGGGGCGGAAGCUGUGUGUGUGUGUGUGAAAAAGAGAGAGAGAGAGAGAGAGAGAGAGAGAGGAGACUUUGAGGCAUUGCAAGAAUGGCAGGAAUUAGACCAAAAUGGCUGAGGCUGCAGCUUGUAGCGCCAUGGGCGGUCUUCAUUUUUAUUCUCAGCUCGUGUAGUUCAAGGACUUCGGCAAUAUCCCUGCCUGACCAAGUACGUGCUCUUAUGAACCUGAAAGCGGCAUUCAUGAAUGGUGAGCACGAGCUGCAUGACUGGGAUAACGGAAGCCAAUCUCCCUGUGGAUGGCUGGGUGUAACAUGCAACAACCUCACUUUUGAAGUGACAGCGCUGAAUUUGUCAGAUCUUGCUCUUUCAGGCGAAAUAUCUCCGUCGAUUGGACUUUUGUGGAACCUUCAAGUCUUGGACCUCAGUCAGAACAGUAUUUUCGGACAGCUUCCAAUUGAGAUAUGCAACUGCACAAGCCUGACAUGGAUAGAUUUGUCAGGGAACAACCUCAAUGGCGAGAUUCCAUAUCUCCUGUCACAGUUGCAGCUGCUUGAAGUCUUGAAUUUGAGGAACAACAAGUUCUCGGGGCCUAUACCCUCCUCGUUUGCAAGUCUUUCAAAUCUGCGACACUUAGACAUGCAGAUCAACAACUUGUCGGGUCCCAUACCUCCCUUACUCUAUUGGAGUGAAACGUUGCAGUACCUAAUGUUGAAGUCCAACCAGCUGACUGGAGGUCUAUCUGAUGACAUGUGCAAAUCAACCCAGCUUGCCUAUUUCAAUGUCCGAGAAAACAAGCUCUCAGGGCCGCUGCCCGCUUGUAUUGGAAACUGCACAUCAUUCCAGAUCUUGGACUUGAGCCAUAACAACUUCUCCGGAGAGAUUCCGUACAACAUUGGCUACUUACAAGUCAGCACCUUGUCAUUAGAAGGGAACAGGCUCUCUGGUGGAAUUCCUAAUGUUUUAGGGCUCAUGCAGGCCCUUGUAAUCCUCGACCUAAGUAACAACCAACUUGAAGGGGAGAUUCCUCCAAUACUUGGGAACCUAACUUGUCUUACAAAACUAUAUCUCUACAAUAACAACAUCACUGGUCAUAUACCGAUAGAAUUUGGAAAUCUAUCACGGCUGAACUACCUGGAGCUGAGCGGCAAUAGCUUGACAGGACAGAUACCGUCCGAGUUAAGCUACCUCACGGGUCUAUUUGAACUGGAUUUGUCUGAGAAUCAGAUCUCUGGAUCAAUUCCAGUAAAUAUCAGCUCUCUGACUGCACUGAACAUCCUGAACGUGCACGGCAACCAGUUAAAUGGAAGUAUACCCCCGGGGCUUCAGCAGCUAACUAAUCUCACCCGAUUGAAUCUGUCAUCCAACCACUUCACCGGAAGCGUGCCAGAGGAGAUUGGAAUGAUUGUGAACCUUGACAUACUAGAUUUGUCACACAACAAUCUAACUGGACAAGUGCCUUCUUCAAUCUCGACUCUUGAGCAUUUGGUCUCCAUAGAUCUACAUGAAAACAACUUGAAUGGGUCUAUUCCAAUGGCGUUCGGCAACUUGAAGAGCCUCAACUUUCUUGACUUGUCGCAUAACCACAUUCAAGGGCCCAUUCCCCUCGAACUUGGACAACUCUUAGAGCUGUUACACCUGGACUUGAGCUACAAUAAUCUCUCAGGCUCCAUACCAGUACCACUAAAAGAAUGUUUCGGUUUGAAACACUUGAAUUUGUCCUACAAUCAUCUCUCGGGAAACAUUCCUCCAGAUGAGCUCUUCUCAAGGUUUCCGGCGAGUAGCUACGCAGGAAACCCCCUGCUUUGCACCAACAUCAGUGCCUCUUGUGGGCUUGUUCCUUUGAAGAGCACGAACAUUGCGUCGCAGCCUCCAGGGACGCUUGGGGUUUCAGCCACAUGGAGCAUUACAAUCUCUGCGCUUUGCUUGCUCGUUCUCCUCACUGUUGUGGCUAUUCGAUAUGCACAACCACGAGUAUUCCUUGAAAGCUCAAGCAAAAUGUCUCAAGGUCCACCGAGAUUCGUGAUCCUAAACCUGGGCAUGGCUCCCCAAUCUCACGAUGAGAUGAUGCGGCUUACAGAGAAUCUCAGUGAUAAGUACGUGAUUGGCCGCGGAGGUUCGAGCACGGUUUACAGGUGUUCCCUAAAGAAUGGGCAUCCCAUUGCGAUCAAGAGGUUGCACAACACGUUUGCGCAAAAUGUGCAUGAAUUUGAGACGGAGUUGAAGACGUUAGGUACCAUCAAGCACCGAAAUCUCGUAACUCUGCGCGGCUACUCCAUGUCCUCCAUCGGCAACUUCCUCUUUUACGAUUACAUGGAAAAUGGAAGCCUGUAUGAUCAUCUUCACGGCCAUGUGUCGAAGAUCAAGCUCGAUUGGAAUACAAGGCUUAAAAUUGCCACGGGAGCUGCACAGGGGCUCGCAUACCUCCACAGAGAUUGUAGACCGCAAGUCGUGCACCGUGACAUCAAAGCUUGCAACAUUCUCCUGGAUGAAAACAUGGUGGCACACGUCGCCGACUUUGGCAUCGCAAAAAAUAUUCAGGCAGCUCGAACUCAUACUUCCACACACGUUCUAGGCACCAUUGGGUACAUAGACCCCGAGUACGCACAAACGUCGCGCUUGAAUGAGAAGUCGGACGUGUACAGCUUCGGCAUCGUUUUGCUAGAGCUUCUUACGAGCAGAAUGGCGGUCGACGACGAAGUGAAUCUGCUCGAUUGGGUCAUGUCGAAACUGUUAGGGAAAACAAUGCAAGAUGUGGUUGACCCACACGCUCGAGCUACGUGCCAAAAUCUGAACGCGCUGGAGAAGACCCUAAAACUUGCCCUUCUAUGCUCAAAGCUAAAUCCUUCUCAUCGUCCAUCGAUGUAUGAUGUUUCUCAAGUUCUGCUCUCUCUCCUUCCUGUACAAAUCGAAGAAGAGAGCCCUACUUUGAAGUCACCUUUCCCUGCGAAUCAGCGUCGGUAUAUUGACAUGUACGAUACCAAGCAUAAGGAAGCAAUUUCUCUCAGUAAGAGCUCAUCUGGCGACACUCUCCUUCACCAAUUCAAGGAGGCAAUAUCUCGGAAACUGUGAGAAAUUUCAAGGCAUUGAAAUUUAUCUGAGAUGUCCAUGUUCACUCGUUGCACCCAGGGAAUGGCAUGCUUCAGGCUGGACGAUGACGAGGCCGACCUUCGGCGUAGCUGCGAUCAGAAAACCAACUCGAAGACGGUUCAACAGAGUCGUUCAAGCACAAUGAAACGACAUUUAAAACAGGAAUCGCUUAUCACGAGGAUAAUCUUGCCAGGAGUGUUCGGAAGUGGCGUCACGACCCAGAUGGCGGCAGAGAGCUUCAACCUUGAGUCCCAGAUUUCGAAGCAUUCAAUUAAGACUGUGGAAGGACUACUGGAGCAGUGGUGGGUCAUUUGAAAGUGGUUUUUGUAGAGAUUUUUGACACAGACGGGCAGGUGCAAGGAGGAGAGACAGACCUGUACAGAUAGAUCAGUCAAGAUGAAUUUUAGGUUUCCUCUUGCACUGGACUCAAGACAAAAAAACACAUGGAACUUGAGCGCGUGUCUCAAUUAUGCUUCUCUAAAAGCGAGGAGCAACUGUUGUAAUUAUAUACCACCCUGUUCUCCA